ACCGAUAAAUAUUUUUAUGUUCAAUUUUUCCAAUUUUUCAUCUACGUCGUCUGCGAUUUUAUAUUUUUCACGUUGUAGAUGUUACCAAAUACUUUUACUGACAUUCGAUAACCUAGCGAUACCUAAUUAUACACUACCAAAGAACAGAUGGACAAUAUGUUACGCCUUCAGUGUCUCUUAAUCAUCGGCUACGUGAGCAACCGUCCAAUAAUUUAGCUGACUGAUUUUCCUCGUUCACGGAAACAGCGAUAUUCAUGAGAAAAGAAUUACUGUCAAACGAAAAGAUGAAGCUACUGUUUUUGUUUUAUAUCAUCGGAAUCGGUAACGUUUUAUAUUGCACAGCACAUCCGGAAGCGGUAGCGCCAAUUGGAAAAAUCCGCGGCUCUAUUCUAACUUCAAGGCUCGGAAAGGAGAUUUAUUCCUUCCGUGGCGUGAGAUAUGCAGAGCCUCCCACAGGAGAACGACGUUUUCAGGUUGCCACUCCAGCAGCAGAUUGGAACGAUGUUUUCGAUGCGUCCGAAGAAGGUCCUGCAUGUCCAAAUGUGGAGCGUAUCGAGCUAAUGUCUGAAGAUUGCUUGCGUUUAAAUGUCUAUACUAAAAAACUGCCUUCGAAAAAUGAAAAUGUAUCAUUGCCAGUAUUGGUAUUCUUCCAUCCAGGCGGUUUCUACCAGUCUUCCGCUCAGAGCUUUAACUAUGGUCCCGAAUAUUUGCUGGACCAUGAUAUCGUUUUGGUUACUGUAAAUUAUCGCCUUGCCACGUUAGGUUUUAUAGCAACAGGCGAUUCACUGGCUCCAGGAAAUCUAGGUUUGAAAGAUCAGGUAAUAGCGCUUCGUUGGAUUCAAAGGAACAUCAUUGCUUUCGGAGGAGAUCCAAACUCCGUGACCAUCAGCGGCUGCAGCGUCGGAGGGCUCAGUACUUUCUUGCACAUGUUAUCACCAAUGUCCAAAAAUCUAUUCCACAGGGUGAUCGAUAUGAGUGGCUCCCCCUUACUCACGGAACCUUAUCCAACCCACCAAAGAGAUAUCGCAGAAAAACAAGCGAAACUUUUGAAUUGUCCCAUUAACAGCACCAAAGACAUGUUGGCUUGUCUCAGAUCAAAGCCUGUAGCCAACUUUACCAAAACUAUAUCUGAAUUUUUUGAAUGGUACGGAGAUCCAAUUGUCGUCUGGAAACCCGUCGUAGAACCGGAAGUUCCAGGAAUGGAACGAUUUCUACCAGCUCAACCCAUCGAUCUUAUUCAACAAGGAAAGUUUUAUCAAGUCCCAGCCAUAUUUGGGGUAACGAAAGAUGAACUUGGUGGGGUAGUCGUCAUAUUCGAAAAUACCACCAGAAACAAUGGCAACAUAUACCGAAAUAUGGACGAAAAUUGGUAUCACGUAGCACCGAUUAGUUUCAUAUACGAACGUAAUACGACAAGAUCGAAAAAUAUUAGUACAGAAUUGCGGAAGUUUUAUUUGAAUGACGAACCACUCGGUUCGUCUAACAGAAAUGGUCUUGCUCAUCUCUAUGCGGACAGCGUAAUUAUAUUUUCACAAUAUCGUGGGGCGAAGUUAAUAGCUGAAAACUCCAAAGCUCCGGUGUAUCUUUAUAAAUUUACUUAUCAAGGCCGUUAUAGCUUUACAAUGUGGAACGCUACGACACCCUAUGGCGUCGAACAUCAAGACGAUUUGCAAUAUUUAUACUACAUAAAGAGUAACUUUCCAUAUUUUAAUAAGACUGCACCUGAGAUUCCUAUGGUGGAAUUGUACACAUCUAUGUGGUCCAGCUUUGUACAAACUGGCCAACCCAUUCCAAAUGGUAGGAAUAUAACGUGGGACAGGUUUGAAAGCGAGAAAAGUAACUACUUGGAUAUCAACUUGAAUCCUACCAUGAAGACUGGUUUCUAUCCCGAUAGGAUGCAAGAAUGGGAAAAAUUAUUUCCUCUAUCUCCUGCAUCAUCUGCAAGGUCUAAGAUGAGAGGCGUUCUGGUAUUUCUUGUUUGUGUCACCGGCCUCGCUAUCGCUCAACAGUCGAUCGCUGAACAACCGUUGGUCACUGCUCCAAUUGGGAAAAUUCGUGGGUCUAUUUUGACCUCUAGACUCGGAAAAGAAAUUUAUUCGUUCCGUGGUAUAAGAUAUGGCGAACCACCUGUUGGAUCCCAACGUUUCCAGCCUCCAAUCCCAGCGAAAGAUUGGCAAAACGUUUUCGACGCAACCGAGGAAGGACCCAGUUGCCCCCAUGCUAACGGCAUACAACAAUCAGAAGAUUGUCUACGCCUAAACGUGUACACCACCAAACUACCCUGUAGAAACGAAGAUGUAUCGAGACCAGUAAUGAUCUUCAUACAUCCAGGUGGCUUUAACGGUUUCUCAGGACAAAGUAUAAACUUCGGGCCACAGUAUCUGUUGGAUAAAGAUAUCGUUUUGGUUACGAUUAAUUAUCGUCUUGGGACGUUAGGAUUCUUGAAUACCGGCGACAGUGCAGCACCAGGUAACAUGGGUCUAAAGGACCAAGUCGCAGCUUUCCAUUGGGUUCAAAGAAACAUCGCUGCCUUUGGUGGCAAUCCAAACUCCGUCACUCUAUGCGGUUAUAGCGCAGGAAGUUUCAGUAUUAUGUUGCAUUUGGUGUCUCCAAUGUCUCGCAAUCUUUUUCACAGAGCUAUUGCGAUGAGUUCUUCGGCUAUAAAACUAAAUGUUUAUUCCGGAAUAUCGCAACAUGGACAAAUGCAACUAGCUCAAAGACAGGCACGAUUAUUGGAUUGCCCUACUGAUUCGACUAGUGCUAUGGUGCGCUGUUUCCGCUCAAAACCUGCAGAAAACUUCACAGACACAUUACGCGACUUAUAUGAUUGGCGUGGAAAUCCUAUUGUGCUCUGGUCACCAGCUGUGGAACCGACAGUUCCUGGUGUUGAAAGGUUCCUGUCUGAACAGCCGUACGACGUGAUAAAGCAAGGAAGAUUCUAUCAAGUUCCUUUAAUGAUGGGAGUUACGGAAGACGAAUUUGGCGGUAUAGCUGCUUUGUAUGAAAAUGCCACAUUAAAAGGUAAUUCUCUGUACCCUGAGUUGAGCGAUAAUUGGAAUACUCUGGCUCCGAUCAUAUUUAUGUACGAACGUAAUACAUCACGAUCGAAUUACGUUAGUAGGGAAUUACGGAAAUUCUAUUUUAACGAUCAGCCACUUAGCUCGGCUAGCUACAGAAAACUCGGUGAUAUAUAUGGUGAUGCUAUAACUAAAUUUCCUAUGUACCGAGCAAUCAAGUUGUUCGCUACGUAUUCGAAAUUGCCGGUAUACUUUUAUAAAUUUUCGUUCCAAGGACGAUACAGCUUUUAUAUGUUGAACGCCACGACACCAUAUGGUGUAUGUCAUCAUGACGAUCUGCAGUAUCUUUUCUUCAUAAAAAGCCAGUUCCCAUAUUUCAACAGCGACGCACCAGAGAUUCCUAUGGUGGAAAUUUCUACUAGCAUAUGGUCGAAUUUCGUUAUAAAUGGCGAACCGAUUCCGAAACACGAUAGUCGACUGAGGAAUGUAAGGUGGGACAAAUUUGUACCCGAGCAAAACAAUUUCUUAGAGUUGAAUCUUCAUCCAUCGAUCAAAACUGAAUUCUUCCCUGAAAGAAUGCGAGAAUGGGAAAGAUUGUUUCCUGAACCAUCGGUCCGAAAUACAGUGAAACAUUAAACCCAUAAAUCUGAUGGUUGAAGUUUCACCAUGCUUUCGCUGAGUCCUAAAACUUUUUACCUUGAGAUGGAUUCUUUAUCCCGUGAGGAAGUUCGAUUUCCUAAAAUUAAUGAUAUGUAGCAAUAAACGAUAUCAUCAUUAUUUAAGAAAUGCUAUUUGUAAACAAAAAAUUGUGACAAAUUUUUCUUACACGACAAUACGAAAAAUAUUUACUAGAAAUCCCACUAACUCCAUUGGACACUGCAAGAUGUAUCGUUAUUUGCGCGCUCUGUUCGGCUGUUUUGGAAAAUGUGUUCAGUAAAAAAUGUAAUCCCCAAGAAGUGGAGGCGAGACACUUUUACAGAUUCCAGUGCUUAUUAGACCAGGAUGAAAACAAUUGGUUGACACGCCAAAACCUUCCAGACGUCGUGCUAAUUCUAGUGUAUAAACGAUGUUUACAUAUUUGGAAACAUAGUAUAAAUAGCCAAGCAAGGGUGUCAUUGGAUUUACAUUAUUUAAAUUUAACCUCGCUAAGUAAUACAGUCCCGGUGCAACAACGAUUAUUCGACUUGGUUUCGAUCGUUUUAGUAAAUCUGCAAAAUAAUUCUACAAGUAGUAUCUUAGGAUGAAGAAAGAAAUCGUUAAAAAAGAAAUUGUUGUAUCGAUCAAAAAAUGUGUGAGUAAGAAUGGACUAUAGUGAUUUGUCCAUUUGUCCAUAGUCCUUGGGAUUAUAUGGAAUAUUGUGCGUCCAAGCAAAUGUUAAAACUGCUGUUGAGCCUCUUGGCCGAAGGAUGGAUUAGAACAUAUGUUUAGGUCACAGGACGUAACACUUAUAUUAUUGCGAAAUAUAUAUGGAUCAUAAUUAA